AUGGAACGUCCCAGACGGGUACAGGACGCCAUCAGAGGAGCAACGGAACGCUCAGAGGCCGCGCCGAAACCCCAGGUGGAACUUAAGGAAGGAGAGAAGGCGGUUGACAAGACCGUCAGCUCCGAGCGACGCAAGGGUGCGCUGGAAUCGACACCAGAAGAUGUCGUGGGAACCAGGGUUAAUCAGUUCUCGGCGAUCAUAGGAAGAGUGAGCUCAGAGCGGGUGGAACUCGUCGCUCAGAACGCCGAGAAUGACGAGGAGAGUACCAAGGGGAUGGAUUCUACGGAAUAA